GGAUUACACAUAUUUAUUUAAAGUCUACCAUCUUUUUCUCCCAAUUUCACGAUCUCUCUUCUACAAACUAACUCUCGACAUAUAUGAACUCAACUUGUUGUCUUAAAAUCAGAAUCAUAAUCACUGUUGUUAGAAAACAAAAUACCGCUACUUGCACAGUUAUGAAGCCGGGCUUACCAUCUUCUCAAACAUGAAUCAUUACCCUCCAGGGCCGCCUAGGCCGUUUAUACCCUUUUCUCAAACAAGCACGCUGCCGGUUAUGAACGCCUUUACCUGGCCCCUUCCUGAGGAAAUCCGGAAUCAAAUCCGAGAAGUUGUAUGGGAUUCUCUUUUUCAUGGUACCGAUGUAAAGAGGGAUGAAAUGGGGGAUCGGGUCACUUUCAGCGCUGGCUUCAUUAGUUUCGACGAGAAGUUACGCCCUCACCUGGUUUUCCCUGCAUUCUGGACGCCCGAGACGCCCACUUACCCGCUGAUUUCUAUUCGCCCUGUUCCUGUUGAAUCUCGUGAUUGGGAUCGUUGCUGCGGAGAGAUUAGGGCUGCCAUCCCCGGAGACAUAGAUAGGCAGCUUGCCUGUAUAUUGCUCGGCAACGGCGAUCAUAGCCACCUCCAAGGCCCUGAGUAUAUUAAAUCUGGGGACAGGAUGGUUCGAAUGGGCAGGAACCCAGAUAUUGAAGGCCUUUUAUACACGAGGACGCGCUUGCUAGAUGAGUGGCACCCACCGAUGACACCUCUGCAAUAUUUCUGGCUUCAUCGUGUGAAACCUGUCAUCUUUGGAAUGUGGCAUGCAGGACUGAUGUCGCAGCAUGCGAUCCUUGAUUACCUUCAUAAGAAUUGAGCCUCCCUUCCGGGGAUCGCUUCUUUUUAUGAGAACUGCAACUACUGUAUGAUGAUGGUUAUUGCUGAGCCUUCGUGCAGAGGCUAAAGCUAUAUGCAGAGAGUAUCUUUUCGUCACCCAGGGAUCGUGACAACUAUGUAUGAGUUAAUAUUAAUAGUACCACUUGAGCCUUUUCAACACUGAGCUCAAUUAUUGCAGGUAGAGGCGUAGCAGGCUGCUGAAUACAAAUAAGAUCGCAAUGGGCAGGAAUGUACGAGACACGGACAAAGCAAAAUUGACAGAUCUUGAAACAGGCCGCCACACUACAAGAGAAGAUUGAGCAGUUGAGCAACUACAGUUAGAGUAAGAGAUGAGGAACUGAGGAGGCCUAAUGCUCUUCUAGGAGCGUUUAGAUUAGAAUGCUUUAUGGCUGCGUUCCUGUUGUAAACUAGUUAAAGUAGUCGAAUAUCUUGCCCCAAACGGCAUACUAUCCUUGUA